GUGGUGUUGCGGUUUGACGCCGGUCGGUUAAAACCUGCUGGACAACAACCGAAAGGCCAAAGUUGUGCAACUUGUAUGAUGUUGAAGAUAAAACAAUCGAUUAUUUAUUUGAAUUAAAAAAAUGAUGUGGGUCGCCAGGCGAUUGCUGUCGUCUGUCGCUCAGAGAAGUCAGUAUGCAGGACAUUCAGGCUUGUUCCGUCGCCCUCAGCACGGUUGCCUCCCAGACCUAGAGCUGCGGUAUCUCCAGUGCACGUGUUGCUGGCGGAGCCGGGUUCCCGUGGCCGGCUUCGAGACCCUGAACGCCGCCAUCUCCUCCACUUCUGAGCCCUGCAAGGAGGACAACAGAUCCCUGGAUGCCUGCUACACCUCCGAGCAACGGGCCGCCAUCCUCCAGCUGCUCAACACCGCCGAGCCGGCAGAGCUGGCGGGCGUGAAGCUCCUCAGAGGCCGCAAGUCGCUCAACCUGGUGGAGUACAGGACUAAAAACGGACCCUUUAAAACCCUGGAGAGCGUGGUGAACGUGCCGCUGCUGAAGCACAAGAGCGCCGUCACGGUGUUCAACUCCAUCCUCAACCCGGUGAAGAAGGAGAGGAAAGUGAGGAUCCAGUUGGCCAAGUUCAUCAGGCCGGAAGUUGACAGGUCCUGGUUGGAGGACGCCAGUAAUAUUGUGUCACUAGUAUGUGGGACUAAUAAAAUCGCCUGGGCUCAAGUGGACCGUGGGAUGACCGUGCUGGAGUGGCAACAGCUGGACUGUCCAAAUUUCUUGAGGGGAACAUACAUGGCUUCUGCUUACUUGAAUGAUGUUUCUGCAGCUGUGGCUCUCCUCCCGUCGGCUGACUUCUACAUAAUAGAGAAAUCCUCCAUCUCGGUCCAGAACACGGCCCUGUUCCCCAUCAUGGCCCACAUGAGGACCGUGGAGGCCAUGCUGUUCGCUCUGCUUGAGCCCAGAAACUUACCACCCGAGUCCAACAUUCCUCCAAGAGUUUUGAACAUGAUGCGUCCUGCUGUGGGACGUCACUUCGGACUCAUGGUGGGCGAGUCGCGGACCAGUGGUGCUCAGACGGUGCGACAGCUGAUGACCGAGUCGGUGACACAGACGCUUCCCAGGAUAAACUUCCCCCCAGAGCUGCUGGUGAAGCACAGGAAUUCCUUCCAGAUGGGCAGCAGAAGAGGAGGGGAGGAACUCUGUGACGCUCUGCUUCAGGCUGUGGCUUUUUACGAGCUACUCGGCGAAUCCUCCAGUUAGCCACCACGUGGACCAAUCUCUAACCGAGCACUACGGCCACUAAAACAAACAUCCCGGGUGGCACUCUGAGCCCUUCUGGACUUAAACCAAACAUUUACCUCUUGGAACAGAUUUGGUGGUGAUUCAUGGUGCAUUUAGUACAGUCAAGUCUUGAAUAUUCUUACCGUUACAUGUUUGAUUUGGACACUUCCAUAAAGUAAAUGCUGUGUCUGUUUCACUCCGUUCGUUUGUAUUAAAAGUCAUGAAACACA